UACGGUGAAAGAUGUAAACGUGGUAAAAGACGUCAUUCCCCGGUAAAUGACAUCAUUUACCUAAAAAUUGGUAAAUGUUGUAAAUGCAGACAUUCCCCGGUUAUUGUCGUCAAUCACCAGUUUAGUUGGAGAAUGAUGUUCAAUACUUUUAUGUCGGUGUGAACGAACAGCGAUAAGCGUGUAGGUGCCAAAUAAGCUUCGUUAGUUAAAAAUAUCAUGACGGAAGUAGAUAGAUAAACGAAAAUCCCAACAAGCAAUAACGUCGAUAACCCGAGUAAUAAUAUGAGAUAAUCUAUUAGUUUAUUAGUUAGUAUCUACGGGAAUAUUAUAGCGAGUUGUAUAUGCGACGAGUGUGUGUUUUAUAAUAUUAUUUGUAAAAAUUUGUGUCACCAGUGAACAAAGUGUAAUAAGAGUUAGAUUCAAUUAUAGUGUUAGUUUUAUUUAAUAAUUAUGGAGAACAAAUUUAGAGCAGAAAUCGACAAAAUUAUUAGCAGUAAAAAGAGAGACGACAACAUAUUUUAUUUUAGUUCUGAAGAGUACAACAACAAAAUCCAAAAAAUAAAAGAAUUAAAAAUUGGAACACUUAAAAAAACGGUAACGAAUAAUAGACUUAUACGUAAAUAUGAUGUUGUGUCAAUUGGGGGAAAAGAAAAAUUGAUUAAGCCUAUAGUUGAUAAUGAAUCUGACGUUUUAUAUUACGUCACAGUAGACGAGUUGUUUGAAGUCAUCCAUACAGCACAUUUAGCAGUAGGUCAUGGUGGUAGAAAUAGGAUGAUGGCUGUGUUAAAAACAAAAUAUUGUAAUGUGACAACGGAGGCAGUUAUGGCAUAUUUAGGUUUAUGCAGUAAUUGUCAAGUAAAACAAUCAAAUCCGAAAAGAGGGCUUGUGACAAAACCAAUUUUACAUUCCGCAUUUAAUUCAAGGGCGCAAAUUGAUUUGAUUGACAUGCAAUCUCAAAAUUAUAAUAAUUAUCGCUAUAUAAUGAAUUAUCAAGAUCAUUUAACAAAAUUUGUUAUUUUAAAACCUUUGAAGACAAAAAGGGCCGAAGAAAUCGCUUUAAAUCUAAUAGAUAUUUAUACAAUAUUUGGUGCACCCGCUAUACUCCACUCGGAUAAUGGUCGUGAGUUUGUAAAUUCUAUUAUAACAAAUUUAAAUGAAAUGUGGGGAGACGUCAAAAUUGUGCAUGGCAAGCCUCGUCAUAGCCAGACCCAAGGAUCAAUUGAACGCGCGAAUAGGGACGUUGAAGAAAUUUUGGCUUCUUGGAUGGCUGAUAAUAAAUCAAAAGACUGGCCAAUGGCAUUAAAAUUUGUGCAAUUUCAAAAAAAUCGGGCUUUGAACUCAGGUAUUGGAAGAUCGCCAUACGAAGCGAUGUUUGGUUGUACAGCGAGAACAGGGUUAGCUUCAGCAGGGAUACCUUACGAUGAAAUAGAAAAACUUAAGUCAGAAGAGGAUAUUGAAGAACUAUUUAAUAACAGCAACCAUUCAGAUCAUAUAAAUGCAGUAGAAGAUGAUUUAGUCGAUGUUGGAGAUCUUGACAAUGAAGUAAACUUGGAGACUGAAAAUGAAUUAAGAAAUACUAAAGACAUAGGUAAAAGAAUUGAAAAAAUUAAAGACCAACGACAAAAAUCGGUUGUCUGUCUCGAAAAACAAGCGUCGAAAAUGUUGAGAUUGACUAACGAAAAAUUUUCUAAGCUUGAUGUCGGUACAACUGUUCGUGUCCCAAUACCAGAUGUCGAUAGAGCAAGAGGUUCUCCGCGUAAUUUACUUGCUGUUAUUAUUUCAUGUGAAGAUGACAUGUAUAAAUUAUGUACAGAAUAUGGGGUGUUGAAACACAAAUAUACACGAGCACAAAUUUCUCCGUGUAAAGAAAAAUUUCUAGAGCUAGAUGAAGCCAUGAAAAAAAUUAAAGACAGGGAAAUAACAUUACGAGAAGCCGCAGGACAUGGAAUAGCUGGUCAUCAAGGAUUUAAUCGAUGCAACUGUAAAACUGGUUGUGGAACUAAAAAAUGUGCUUGUAAUGCAGCAGAAAUGUUGUGCAGUUCAAAAUGUCAUGGUAACCAAAAUUGUACAAAUAAAUAAUUUAUAAUAUGUACGUAUUUCAUUAUUUUUAAUUAACUUAUUAUCCCAUUCAAAUAAAUACCUAAAAUAAAAAAUGAAUUACCCACCAACAAUGAAUCAUUAUUAUAAGUAGUACCUAUGGUAAAAAAAUCAGUGUAUUAUUUGAGAUUUAUCAUCAUUUACCACCAGUUUUGGUAAAUGACAUCAAUGGCCGGUGAAAGAUGUACAUUUGAAUUUAUAAUCUGGUUUUUUACACCAUUUACCUACAUAAUCAAAUCAUUUUGGUAAUAGACGUCAUUCACCGGAGAAUGACGACAUUCACCAAUAUUCAUCUUUCACCG